CUUGUUUACGAGUAAACUUUGCGAACAAUCUUGUUUACGAGUAAACUUUGCGAACAAUCUCAUCAUCGGCAAUGGCGCGUUCCAGAGCCACGUCGAGACCGUCGCGGGUGCUCCAGUUAGCCGCGUUGGUGGUCACCGUGCUCGUGUCGGCGUGCGCAGCGGACCCGGAGCCGGUGCAGGACUUCUGCGUGGCCGUCGUCAGCAAGGGAGCAGAUGAUCAGCCGACGUUCCCUGGUUUCCCGUGCAAGCCAGAGUCCACGGUGGUCUCCGACGACUUCUUCUUCGCCGACCUGUCCCGCUCCGGCGCCGCCGCGGCGAAAGACAGCCCGUUCGGGUCCGCCGUGACGCCGGGCAACGUGCAUGCCUUCCCAGGGCUCAACACCCUCGGCGUGUCCAUCAACCGCGUCGACCUCGCCCCCGGCGGCGUGAACCCGCUGCACAGCCACCCUCGCUCCGCCGAGCUCGUGCACGUCAUCGCCGGCGAGAUGCUCGUCGGCUUCAUCAGCACGGCAGGGAAGUUCUACUCCAAGGUCGUCGGGGAGGGGGAGAGCUUCGUCAUCCCGCGCGGCUUGGUGCACUUCCAGUACAACGCCGCCGGCAACAGCACCGCCAGGGCCGUCACGGUGUUCAACAGCCAGCUGCCCGGCGUGGUCCUCGCCGCGCCGUCGCUGUUCGGGGCCGAGCCGGAGAUUCCCGAUGCGGUGCUGGCCAAGAGCUUCCAGGUGGACGGCGAGAUCAUCAAGCUCCUCAAGUCCAAGUUCCAGAAUUGACGUAACCAUCUCGAUCAAGCUGCCUUGCUAGCUUGGCUGAAUUUGUAUACUUGUACACCAGUAAAUAGCGUUGCUUACUUGGUUCAAAUUUCAUUACAUAUAUUUGGUGCAUCAAUAAAACUUCACACCACGACGUAUCAAA